GGCGCUCUGAGGUGUGCGGGGCGUCGAGCCCCCCGGCCCGGUGAGGCGCGGCGCGGCGGGAUGCGGCGGCGGCCGUGGCGGGGCCGCGGGCCGGGCGGGCGGACGAGGUGAUGAGCGUCGGCGGCCGCCAUGUCCAAGGUAACGGCGCCCGGGCCCGGGCCGCCGGCUGCGGCGGGCGGGAAGGAGAAGCGCUCCUUCAGCAAGCGGCUGUUUCGGAGCGGCCGCGCGGGCGGCGGCGGCGGCGCGGGGGGCCCCGCGGGGCCCGGGCCGGCCGCGCCCGCCUCGCCCUCGUCGGCGCGCUCGGUGGGCAGCUUCAUGAGCCGCGUCCUUAAGACGCUGUCCACGCUCUCGCACCUUAGCUCCGAGGGCGCCGCCCCGGACCGCGGCGGCCUCCGCAGCUGCUUCCCGCCCGGGCCGGCCGCCGCGCCCACGCCGCCGCCGUGUCCGCCGCCGCCCGCCUCGCCCGCGCCGCCCGCCUGCGCCGCCGAGCCGGUGCCCGGGGUGGCGGGGCUCCGGAACCACGGCAACACGUGCUUCAUGAACGCCACGCUGCAGUGUCUCAGCAACACCGAGCUCUUCGCCGAGUAUCUGGCGCUCGGCCAGUACCGGGCGGGGCGGCCCGAGCCCUCGCCUGACCCCGAGCAGCCUGUGGGCCGCGGCACGCAGGGCCAGGGCGAGGUCACCGAGCAGCUGGCGCACCUGGUGCGGGCCCUCUGGACCCUGGAGUACACCCCGCAGCACAGCCGCGACUUCAAGAGUAUUGUGUCAAAGAACGCACUGCAAUAUCGGGGAAAUUCCCAGCAUGAUGCCCAGGAGUUUCUGCUGUGGCUUUUGGACCGAGUUCAUGAGGACCUCAAUCAUGCUGUGAAGCAGAGCGGCCAGCCUCCUCUGAAGCCACCGUCAGAGACUGAUAUGAUGCCCGAGGGACCAUCUUUUCCUGUCUGUAGCACUUUUGUACAAGAACUUUUUCAAGCCCAGUACAGAUCUUCUUUGACAUGUCCUCAUUGUCAGAAGCAGAGCAACACUUUUGACCCUUUCCUCUGCAUUUCUUUGCCAAUUCCUCUACCCCACACAAGGCCUCUCUAUGUUACCGUAGUGUAUCAGGGGAAGUGUUCUCACUGCAUGAGGAUUGGUGUUGCCGUGCCUCUGUCUGGGACUGUCGCCAGGCUUCGGGAAGCAGUGUCUAUGGAAACAAAGAUCCCUACUGAUCAGAAAAACAAUGUGGUCAUUAAAAUCAUUAGAAGAAAAAUGUGCCAGGGAUAUUUUUCUUGGACUGUUUGUGGAAUAUGCCACCAGCCUGUUUCACCUCACAGACUUGUGAUUGUGUUAACGGAAAUGUACUAUGAUGGGUUCCAUCGUUCCUUUUGUGACACAGACGACCUGGAAACAGUCCAUGAAAGCGACUGCAUUUUUGCCUUUGAGACUCCAGAAAUAUUUAGGCCUGAAGGAAUUCUCAGUCAAAGAGGAAUCCACUUAAACAACAAUCUAAACCACUUGAAAUUUGGCUUGGAUCAUCAUCGACUGUCUUCUUGUACACAGGCAGCAGCAAAGCAAGGGAAAACAGACUUGCCCCCAACAAGACCAGGAGGCGACAAGAUUGUUCUUUUAGUGUGUAACCGAGCUUGCACUGGGCAGCAAGGGAAAAGAUUUGGACUGCCUUUUGUGCUGCACUUGGAGAAGACAAUAGCAUGGGACCUUCUGCAGAAGGAAAUCUUGGAGAAGAUGAAGUAUUUCCUGAGGCCCACGGUUUGCAUUCAGGUGUGUCCAUUCAGUUUGCGUGUCGUCAGUGUUGUGGGGAUAACAUACUUGCUGCCCCAGGAGGAGAAACCCCUGUGCCACCCAACGGUAGAAAGGGCAUUAAAAUCUUGUGGACCAGGUGGCACUGCUCAUGUGAAGUUAGUGGUAGAAUGGGACAAGGAAACAAAAGAUUUCUUGUUUGUAAAUACUGAAGAUGAGUAUAUUCCUGAUGCAGAAAGUGUCCGUCUGCAGAGGGAGCGUCAUCAUCAGCCCCAGACUUGCACUUUAUCCCAGUGUUUCCAGCUCUACACCAAAGAGGAGCGGCUUGCCCCGGAUGACGCCUGGCGGUGCCCGCACUGUAAGCAGCUGCAGCAGGGGAGCAUCACGUUAAGCCUCUGGACUCUGCCUGAUGUGCUUAUUAUCCAUCUGAAGAGAUUUCGACAGGAAGGAGACAGGCGUAUGAAACUUCAGAACAUGGUCAAGUUCCCCUUGACUGGCCUGGACAUGACACCUCAUGUGGUUAAGAGAAGUCAGAGCAGCUGGAGUUUGCCAUCCCAUUGGUCUCCAUGGAGACGGCCCUAUGGACUCGGGAGGGACCCUGAGGACUACGUCUAUGACCUGUAUGCUGUGUGCAAUCAUCAUGGCACCAUGCAAGGGGGGCACUACACAGCCUACUGUAAGAACUCUGUGGACGGCCUCUGGUACUGCUUCGAUGACAGUGACGUGCAGCAGCUGUCAGAAGAUGAGGUCUGCACACAGACAGCGUACAUCCUUUUCUACCAGAGGCGGACAGCUAUUCCAUCAUGGUCAGCCAACAGCUCAGUGGCAGGCUCCACCAGCUCCUCCUUGUGUGAACACUGGGUGAGCCGGCUCCCGGGGAGCAAGCAAGCCAGCGUGACCUCCGCGGCAUCCUCCAGACGCACCUCUCUGGCCUCAUUAUCCGAGUCGGUGGAGAUGACCGGAGAGAGGAGUGAAGACGAUGGAGGUUUCUCAACUCGACCAUUCGUGAGAAGCGUCCAGCGUCAGAGCUUGUCAUCCAGAUCUUCUGUCACCAGCCCCUUGGCCGUUAACGACAAUUGCAUUAGACCUUCUUGGUCCCUGUCUGCUAAGCUGCAGAUGCGCUCCAAUUCUCCUUCCCGGUUCUCAGGAGACUCUCCGAUCCACACCUCUGCCUCCACCUUGGAGAAGAUCGGGGAGGCGGUGGAUGAUAAGGUCUCCAUCUCUUGCUUUGGCAGCUUGAGGAACCUUUCUAGCAGUUUCCAGGAACCAAGUGAUAGUCACGGCCGACGUGAGCACAAGGCUGUGGGUCGGGCCCCUCUGGCUGUCAUGGAAGGCGUGUUCAGAGAUGAAUCAGACACCCACAAAUUGAACUCCGGUGUUUUAGACACACAGAGCAAAAACUCAGCACAAGGGGAUUGUGUGCCCCCCAUCUCCGAUCCUUUUGAUAAUAAUAACCAGAUUGCUUAUGUGGAUCAGAGUGAUUCUGUAGACAGCUCUCCAGUCAAAGAGGUGAAACCCACAAGCCACCCAGGCUCCCUUGCAAAGAAACCAGAGAGCACAGCCAAGAGCUCUCCCAGCUCCAAAGGCGCUUCUGAGCCAGAUAGAAGCUUGCGGAAGGGGAGACCAGUCUUGGCAAGCCAGGAAUCAUCUCUUUCAAGUACGUCCCCUUCUUCUCCUGUUCCUGUAAAAGUUUCUAUAAAGUCCUCCCGCUCCCGAAGCAAAGCAGAUUCUUCUUCCAGAGCCAGUGGACGGCAUUCCUCCCCUGGCCCUGCCCAGCCUAGAAAGGAGUCCUCCCCCAAGUCCCAAGACUCCGUGUCAUCUCCUUCGCCCCAGAGGCAGAAGUCCUCUUCCUCCCUCGCCUACACUCCUUCCUCCGCAUCUGCCAAAAAAGCCCCCGGCCCUGCUGCAAGGGGCCCCUUCCCUCCUGGGAAGAGCAGGACUUCAGACAGGAGCUUGAGUAGAGAGGGCUCCAGACAGAGCCUGGCUUCUGACAGAGCCAGCGUCACCUCCAGCUCCAAACCCAACUCCCCUCGGGUGAGCCAAGCCAGGGUGGGGGAGGGCCGAGGAGAUGGAAAGCACGUCAGGAGCUCCUCUAUGGCCAGUCUGCGCUCCCCCAACACAAGCAUGAAGGCUGGUCUGAAGAGGGACAGCAAGUCAGAGGACAAGGGGCUAUCCUUCUUCAAGUCAGCCUUGAGACAGAAGGAAACCCGGCGGUCAACUGACCUUGGCAAAACAACCUUGCUCUCCAAGAAGGCCGGCAGUAGCUCUGCCAAGUUGGCCAGUAAGAAUGCCAUGGAUGACAAGGCAGAGAAAGGCUACCAGCCUGCAGGUUCCCAGCAGCCAAAUGCAAGUGCAGUUGGAAAAGAGCAGCUUGUCUCCAAGGACCCUGCUUCCGCUAAACAUUCCCUGCUGUCCGCUCGCAAAUCUAAGUCUUCCCAGCUAGAUUCUGGAGUGCCCUCAUCUCCUGGUGGCAGGCAGUCUGCUGAGAAAUCCUCGAAAAAGUUAUCUUCUAGCAUGCAAACCUCUGCACGGCCUUCUCAAAAACCUCAGUGAUGUUUCUGCAAUCCAAGUGUUUUAUCUGUAAAGAUGUUUAUUUAUUUAGAACCCCUUCCCCCCCACCAAAGCCCUCUAUGCUUUUGUUUUAUAUGUUUUAGGUCACGUGCCUGAUGUGCGAGUGUGUGUGCGUGUGUGUUUAUGUGUGUGUGUGUGUGUGUGUGUGUGUGUGUAGAAUUCAACUGCAAAUUGUUAAAAGCGUCGCCUUAUUCUGCCAUUGAACCAAAUAACAGCCAUAGGCAAAGUAUUGAUACCAAGCUAACUGGAAUCAUUGUAGACGAGACCCUGGGCGGUCCCUUUAGCAAUUGUACAUAUUUCUUUCUAGAGAACUCUAAUGACUUUCGUUGGACACUAGGGUUUGGAAACCUGUGAACCAGUUAAGCUGUCAUUAGUGUGUGCUGUAGAGGGAUCAGUUAUUUGACUUGGGUUUCAUCUGAGCAGGAUUUGUCCUCACAGCUGAUUGUCGUGUGGCACCAGGAGCUCUAAAAACUGUGACACUAACAAACAAACCGAGAGAAGACUGUUGCUUUCUGCACUUUGGCCCCAUCUACCAGUCUCUGUGAAGGGCAAUAUUUUAACACUAAUGUUUCUCAGGUAUAUACUCAGCUAGUCUAGGGUGGAUGUGCAUCAGCAAGAGGGUUAACCAAGAAGGUGGCCUGUGGGUGGCUGUCUUUUCUCCAACUGCCACAGAUAGAAGUUUCUAGAGGUAGAAAUGAAGUCCUUCAUAACUGCAAAGAUGGUGUACUACACGCUAUCUUGGUUCUUUGGAGAUGUCCUAAGGGGUGGCAAGUUGGACGGCCAGAAAGCCAGUCACUAGUUAAUUUUGUUUUCCUUCUAAAUUUGCUAGCUAAGGCCAUUGGGAUUUUGAAAUGUAGUAGAGCAGUUAACACCUUUGAAAGAUGCCUGGAAAAAAAAAAGGAUUCUGAACCGGAUGCAAGAAUUUGUACCAUUUCCCUUCUCUGGUGUUGCUUGUUCCUUGUGUUAGAAGCCGACAGCUCCAUGCUGCCCUGGGUGCACAUGCCCACGUUUCUUAUACCUUGGGGAGAGGAAAGAUGUUGCCUGAUGCCAAAAGUCAGUUGAUGGUGUGUUGGAGUGAUGUGUGACAAAGUAUUACGUGUGUGCUUCUGAUCUGCCUGGCAAAGUUACAGACUGCUUUUCAGUAAGUCAUUUAUUUUUUCUUAGUGGUUAAGAUUUCAUCUCUUACCCAGAACUCACAAGCAGGAUUGGAGCAUGUUCCGUCUGGCAUUGUCAGUGAGAAAACAAGGGAACCUCACAGAAAUCUCACAGAUAAGCAAGAUCAUAGUUCUUCAGGCUUUCUGGAGGUAUCCUGGAAAUUCUUAGCCUUUUUUUUUUUUCUUCCAUUUUUCUAUUUUUUUUUUUUUUAAUGUCAGGAGAGCCAUGGUCCUGAUUCUCUUUGAAUAGCAUUUGUCACUUUGCCAUGAGAUACAGCAUGCUAAGUUUAUAUGCUUUUAAAUAUUAACUUUAAAAAAAAAAUCAUAAACUUUCCAGUUCUUCCUGAAUUCUUGGUGCACAGAUCCAUUUAUAAUCUCCCUUUUCAGUAUUGCUGUGUGUGAAGUAAUUAGAGCACAUACACAUGCACAGCUAUGAAUUCUGCACUGCCUUUUGUUUUGUUUUCUCCCCAUAAAUACCUCUUGGGAAAUAUUUCCAGUGGGUUUCUUAACUUUAUUUUGCUGCUAUUUGAGCAUUAGCAGGUAACUUGCAAGUCCGGAGGCCAUUUUAUGUUGAGGGUAGCUGGAAUUUUAGACCCUUGCAAUAUUUAAGACUUAGAUACUCAGCCUUGUGAAAGUUACCUUGUGCUCUGUGAAUCUCAUCGAACGUGAGCCUGUUGCCCAGUGCACUCAGUCCUGUACUCGCCCCUGCACCGGGUGUCCCUGUUUCACUGCGCAGGUGGCUGUGGGUUCCUAAAGCAGCAUCCCUCUCCUCUGUCGUAGUGUAACUGCCGCUGACUGGCUGCCUGCAGUGGUGUUAUCGCUGCCAACAGCACACCAACAGCCCUGCGAAUGUUUUGCCACCGCUGGUUUUUCUGUGUUGCUUUUAUUUCCUGGAAAGGACGCACCAAUAAUGGGAUCGUCGGUAGCAGGAGUUUGAUUUGAGCCUUUUUCUUUUAAUAGGUAAAUCUCAUUUGAAAUCUCCUACCUGAAGCUCUGAAACAGUCUUAGAAUUAAAGUUUGGCUACACAGAGGGUUUUAAUAACACCUUUUCCUGAGGCUGUUAUCAGUUAAGCAUUAAUAGAAUCUGGUUUAAUUUUCACGUGGCAAAUAUUUUUAUUCUUGUAUCCUCCAGGAAUGGAUUUCCCAUUAUGUCUAGUGUACACACACACACACACACACACUCCAAAAAAACACCUCUACAAAUUUCUUUAAUUUUCUAUGGUAUCUAGAAAUAAAAUUUCAGUAUCAGUAAAUUAUAUGUCUAUGGAGUUUAGUCCUUCUUCCAGAUUUAAAUGAAAAAUACUGUGGUAUUGUCAAGGUAACUUUAAGCUAUUCUUUCUGUGCUUGGUAAACAAUGAAAAUCUCAUCCCCAACUACUAGGUAUAACCUUUAAGACACAGGAAAGGAGAUUUGCCCAGAAGUUUGGAGGUGUUCUUUGAGGUGUGAAAUAUCUUAUGGGAAAAUUAUUACUUGAUUCAGUUCAGUUGUUUGGUAAGUUAGGGACUUGGUGUUUGCUUUGCUUUUUAUUUUCCUGGUAGCAUUUGGCACAGAAGCACAUCUGCUUUGGGGUUAAAAAUCAUCUGUUGAGGAUGGUGGGCCUAGGUUUCUGGUUGACAACUGAGUGGGCCUGACUAGAGCAGUCAUUUCCUGGUGGACACAGAAUAAUCCCUGACAGUAGUGUUACUCUGUAAUGUUUGUUUGCUUUUAAAAAACUUUAUUUUUGAUUUCUUUUCCUGUAAACAUGCAGUGCACUGAGGCUAUUCCAUUCCUUAAGACAGCCCUACACCUUGCCUUUGUAAUCUCUUAUAUAACGUGGAAGCACAAAGAAACUGCUAAGCUCACGUCAUCUCAAGAUCAUCUCCCAGCUCUUGUAUUUUCCCAUCCUAAAAGCAGCCUAACUGAAAGUAAGUCAUACCUCGCUGGACCAGUAGAAAUGGAUGUGGGCGUAUUUGUGGUCUGGUAAAACAUUGUAAUUAUCUGUGAGGCUGUCCUAAACUCUUGCAAUCAUUCUUUCCUCUCUCAUUCAUUCAUUCUGCAAACAUUCGUUGAGGGCCUGCUUUGCUCAUAAAGGCAAGCUGAAAGCUUCAGGAAUUUGCUGUAGCUGAGGAGCCCUGGGAGCACAGCCAAUGAACCAGGGGAUGCCGGUGAGGCCCUAGAUGGAGUGACGGUCCCCCGAACAAAAAGAUCAGGUGGAUUCUGGUGAACCGGCCAAGGCCUGUGGUCCUCUUGAGCAAGUCUCUCCUGUUAUGGAAACCAAAAGUGCCCUUCUUCAUCUUCAGAGACAUUUUACUCUUACAUCCACUUUUUCAGACUGAGCUGUCUCUACGAGUUAGCGGUUGAAAAUCCAUUACAGAAUCACUUUCCAUUAGAAUUUGGUCAUCCACAUUUGUUUGAAAUAGAUGUGGGGAUUGGGGGGUGGGGGACAAAUUGCCAUCCCUCUAAAUAGCUAUCAUGCUAAAAAGUAGGAACAGUAUGUAAAGGAAGCAGUAGUGGCAGCCUUUAGGAAAAAUGGAACAGAGAAGAGCUGUGAACAAAGCUCACUUAUUUCAAAUAAACAUGUUUUUAAAAAUAGAUUGACAUCUGAUGUUACAUUUCAUUCUGACAAAUUACUGAACAGCUGACGUUAUUGUUUCCUAUGUAGGUUAUUAGAAUUAUUGGAUGCUAUGAUAAUUAGUGUUUCUGGGUUGGAUUUUUGAGAUAGUAUGCAAAUCAUAAGCACAGUUUCAAUAAAACACGUUUUCUGUGAGGCAUGUUGAACUUGUAUUAUUUGGAAUUGAGAAGAGCAAAACUUGCUGACAAAACAGUGCCCGUAUCAUAAACAGAAAGUAGCUGUUCCUGCACAGACUGUCCGUCUUUACUUUCAUAAAGGGUACAUAAUUGUUAAACCUGACUACAUCUUUUGGGGGGAAAUCCUAUGCUUUUAUUUAAAUGAACACUUAGUGUUUCACACUGCCUUUUGAUCAACUCUCAAAGUGUUUGUUUUGCAGCUGCAAUUUGAGCGUGACCGGUCAUUUCCACACCCCCUACCCCAAGUAAUGAAAACAAUUUUGCAUGGCCUCCAUCUAACCCAGAAAGCAUGUUCUUACCACCUAUGCAAACAACGAAUACAAAAUGUGGGGUACACUAAAUGUGAAUUUUAAAAAAGGCGAUUCUUGGAUUAUGGAGCUCUAUUUUUGAAUUUGUAAUUUUUUACAUGUGGCUUAAUAGAGAAGAGCAUGAAUGUGUUUUCUUGUUUUGCUUUGCACAUGUUUCUCUUUGCUGAUUUUUUUUUUAUCGUUGGCAAGAUUGUAUGAAAAUAAGUAUUUUGCAAGCACGAGUGGAAUUGGACAUGUUGAACACACACGGGUUUAUAUACUGUAUUUAGCCUGAAGACUUUCCUAAAGUAUUUUGUUCUAAAAAUAACCUGCCAUUUUCUAUAGAUUUUAAUUUUUUAUAUCUUCUAGGGUUCUAUCGUGAUCACAAGGAGAGAAUGUGGCUUCUAAUAGUGCUAACAAUUUUAAAAUGCUUUUGUAGAGACUUAGAGCUGUUUUGGAAAGCUGUGGAGCUUCCCAGCCACUGGUCACAAUAAGAAUAAGCUCAUGGAACUUAUGGUAGCAGUCUACAGUGGAUUAGGUUCUAGAUCCAUCUCACAUUCGUUUAAAAACUGGUGUUUCCCAAUUUUGGAGGGAAGGGAGAUCCAUUGCAGGCUCGGGAGGCUUUUUGAGUCUCAUACGUGUACUUUCCCCAAGAUUCUGUUGAGCCUCUUCUGAAUGACUUGUCUGAGAUUCUGAUACCCAGCAUUCACUAGAAUCAUCUAGAGAACUUUUAAAAAUGCUUGGGUCCCACUCCCAAGCUUUUGAUCUAAUUAGUAUAGGGGCAGGUCCCAGAAAUUGCCAUGCAUUUUAAAGCUCUUGGGGGUUUCUGAUAUGUAGUCAGAACUGAGAACCACUGUGCUUACACCAUCCCUAUGGUGAGAAUCACUGCCAUGUGAAGCACUCAGGAGUGACUCAGACUCCUCUGUUUUGUUGGAGAAGAAAGGAAAAAAAGAUUGAGAAUUACUGAUAUUAACGUCCUGUUUGAAAUAAGGGAGCCUUUCUGAUUUGAGGCCCUGUUUGGGAGCUUGGAGCAUUUUGUGGACGGCCCAGCACUUUUGCCACUCUGGUGGGAUUUGGUGGUCUUUAGUUUGCUAGAUGAGACAGAGUUCCCUGUGGGGUGUGCAUCUUUCCCAGAGCCUUUUCCCUGGAUGCCGCCACAGGACCAGACCCACAGAGGAGUAGGGAAGUCAUCCUGAGUUUAAAAAUGCUGAAGUGAAGCCUUCAGUGGCUUGGAGAACCUGUCCUGAUUUUGAUGGAACAAUUGUUUCUUUAGUAAUUACAAAUAGCCGACUCCAGGCUGCCACCUAGUUUCCUAGUUAGCUCAUUCUCUACUUCUCCACAGGGUAGUUUCAGAAGUGAUUUUACUUUUAAAAUGACUGUAAAGCAUUUUGUUUGGAGUCUUUUUUUUUUUUUUUAGUAACCCCCAGUAUUUAUUCUUGUAAUUAAAAAAAAUCAAAUAAUACUCAUCUAAAAAUGUGGCAAUAAUGUUACCUAUGGAGGCAAAUGAAAUUUACUUUUGAUCUGUGGUGAGCUGCACUUAACAACAUCUUCAAAGUAGUCUGCUAUGCUUUUUCAGGUGGUUUCAUCCUGUUGAGCAUUAUGCUGCCUACCAAAAACAAAAACAAAAACAAAACACACAAUUUACCUGGUGUUUUCAACAUUUCAAGGAGUGAAGAUCUAAGUAGAAAUCCAAAUUGGAAAUCCUCCUUUAGAAAAGCCCCUUGAAGCAGAGUUCCCUGUCGCGACGGUGAAAAGGCAGUAUGGUUUCCUAGGUGCUAUUCUAAGUGGUGUGGUGUCAUGACAUCAAAGGGGAAGGCAGAUCCAGUGUUUUCUGAAGCUCAGGUUCUCUUCUGUAGGCCUUUCGGAUAUGUGUUUAUGUUCCCUAUCGGUUUGCUCACCAACUGUGCCUCUCACCACUGGUUAAAAUCGAAUUCAAGCCCCAUUACCAAAAUCGUUUCUUCAUUGAACUCCUCAGUGUCACACUGGAAUUUGUGUAGUUGUCCCACAAGCUGCAUGUCCUGUCACUGUACACGCAAUGCUUUGGUACUGUUCAUGCACCAUUCGUAGUGAUUUCUGUAUGAUUUUCUUGUUUUGUUGUACAGUAAUAAUGGAAGGCAGGAUGUCUUUCCUUGAGGCCGAAGAAAAGUGUGUCAUUUUAAAUUAUUUUAGAACAAGUGCAUGAGAUGUGUCACUGACUUCUGUUAUUUAUUUGUAUGUUUUAUUAUUCCAGGUGUAUGCACUUUUAAAAAGCAAAAUUUAUAUUUUUAUGUUUAAAACGUUUUAUUUCUGGAACAGCAGUUGAUUAUAUAGUAUACAGUUGGAAUUAAGAGAAAAGUGGAAAAUGUAACAAUAUAAUAAAUUUAUUACAUGA